UCUAACUGUGUAGACAAGUGCUGUGAGUGUGAGCAUGGACGUGUUGGCUGUUCCAGCAAACAGGCAGAAAGGAUGGUAUCUUUCUCUGAUGGCGCCCAACACAAAAGGACCAAAGUUUGCUUGGCUGGACCCAUCAAGACUCUACUGCAAUUCCCAGGCUCUAGCAGACUGUGUGAAAGACCUUCUCAGUCCAUUCCACAACGACAGCAUUGACCUGGUAGCUGGCAUAGACGCAAUGGGAUUUAUUCUGGGAGCUUCUAUUGCCAGCACCCUUGGAAAAGGUUUUCUGGCCAUCCGCAAAGCAGGACACCUGUGCAUAGCAACCCAAAGCCAGCCGUACAGAGACUACUCGGGCAGAGAAAAGACAAUGGAAGUAAGACUGGAUGUGCUGAGACCAGGUCUCAGGGUGCUGAUAGUGGACCAGUGGAUAGAGACCGGCGGCACCAUGAGGGCCGCAAUCAAGCUGGUGGAGCAGCUGGGAGCCACCGUUGUGGGUGUGGCUGCUGUGGCCAUCGAGAACACCGAGGGAGGGAAGUGGAUUAAGGAAAAUUACAAAUACUCCCACUGCAUCCCAGACGAACUCCAGAGUCAAAUCGACGGGCAGUAUCUCGAUUCCUUCAAGAGCUUCAGCAGUCACAACAAUGACACAACUUAGGGAAUAGCGCUAAUAUCUGUGCCUAAAAUGUCAGAGAAAUCCAACCAGCACACACACAUUUUACCUUUUUGGAAG